CCACCAUGAAAGCACUCCACCCUCACCUUCCAUCAAUCAACCUUGCCAGCAUCAAUAAACUUUCCAAAAUCCAUGCCAAUCAGGAAACUGUAAUCGAUAUUCAUCCACAUCGAAAAACUUCUAACCCGGCCAAUCGCCUAGCUGAAUCACUCUCUUACCCCCUACAUCUCCAUGUUGGAGAACCAGCCCAAAAAAGCCUUCAAUAUAGCACUAAUUGGAAUGCUCAUAUUGAGGAGAAGCACAACACUCCUGUUAUGUCUCCUAAGGAAGACAUAUAAGAGAAAUGGCAUGAAAUCCACGGUUCUUAUGAGUGGGACAAUCUUCUUGAUCCACUUCACCCGCCUUGAUAAGCAUGACUACAAUGUGACUAAGUAUAUUUAUGCUAUGUCACACAUAAAUUUGCCUCGAUGGUUUGAGAGGUCUCACUUAGGGGAGACAUGGAGCAAGGACUCAAAUUCGAUGGGAUUCGUAGCAGUUAGUGAUGAUGAAGAGUCAAGUCGAAUUGGGCGAAGAGAUAUAGUUGUGGCAUGGCGUGGCACUGUGGCACCAUUGGAGUGGUAUGAAGAUUUUCAAAGGGAAUUAGAGCCUAUUGGGCAUGGGGAAGCAAAAGUGGAACAUGGCUUUAUUAGCCUUUACAAGUCCAAAAGUGAAUCAACUAGAUACAAUAAGUGUAGUGCCUCGAAGCAAGUCAUGAAAGAAGUGAAGAGGCUAGUGCAAUUCUAUAAGGCAAGAGGUGAAGAGGUGAGUCUUACAAGCACUGGACAUAGCCUAGAUGGUGCAUUGGCACUCCUAAAUGCUUAUGAGGCUGCUACAUCUCUCCCCAGCCUUCAUGUCAACGUUAUAUCGUUUGGUGCACCUAGGGUGGGGAACAUAGCUUUUCGAGAUGAGUUACACCAAAUGGUGUGA